AUGGCGACGGCUGCAGCGGCGGCCGGCGGCGGUGCCGGCGGUGGUGUGGAAGCGGGAUGCGGAGGAGGCGGAGGGAAGGACGCGCUGUUCGUCGAGCUGUGGAAGGCCUGCGCGGGGCCGCUGUCCAGCGUGCCGCCGCUCGGGGAGAAGGUCUACUACUUCCCGCAGGGCCACAUCGAGCAGGUGGAGGCAUCGACGAACCAGCUUGCCGAGCAGCAGGGCACGCCCCUCUACAACCUGCCAUGGAAGAUUCCAUGCAAGCUCAUGAACAUCGAGCUGAAGGCUGAGCCGGAUACUGAUGAGGUGUACGCCCAGCUCACCCUGCUCCCUGAUAAGAAGCAAGAUGAGAAUACAUCUACAACAGUGGAGAAUGAGGAGGCAGAGGAGGAGGAGGUGCCUCAUGCACCACCAGCCACAAAUGAGGGGCCUCGCAUCCAUUCCUUCUGCAAGACAUUGACUGCCUCAGACACAAGCACGCAUGGUGGUUUCUUAGUGUUGCGCCGGCAUGCAGAUGAGUGCCUCCCACCAUUGGAUAUGAGUCAACAUCCCCCAAAUCAAGAAUUGGUGGCCAAGGACCUGCAUGGGGUUGAGUGGCGGUUCCGUCACAUCUUUCGAGGUCAGCCACGGAGACACCUCCUUCAGAGUGGUUGGAGUGUUUUUGUUAGCGCCAAGCGUCUUGUUGCAGGGGAUGCCUUCAUAUUUCUCAGAGGUGAGAAUGGGGAGUUACGCGUUGGAGUACGGCGUGCACUGAGGCACCAAACCACUAUCCCAUCUUCAGUCAUAUCAAGCCACAGUAUGCAUCUUGGUGUUCUUGCAACAGCAUGGCAUGCAGUGAACACUGGGAGUAUGUUCACUGUCUACUACAAGCCAAGGACUAGUCCAGCUGAAUUUGUGGUCUCGCGAGAUAGGUACUAUGAAUCACUGAAACGAAAUUAUUCAAUAGGGAUGAGAUUUAAGAUGAGAUUUGAAGGUGAAGAGGCGGCAGAGCAAAGAUUCACUGGCACAAUAGUUGGAAUAGGUGCUUCUGAUCCAUCUGGUUGGGCUGACUCAAAAUGGCGUUCCCUUAAGGUGAGAUGGGAUGAAGCUUCUUCUGUUCCUCGUCCUGAAAGAGUUUCUCCUUGGCAAAUAGAACCUGCUGUUAGCCCAUCUCCUGUGAACCCUCUUCCAGUCAGAUUCAAGAGGUCUCGUUCAAGUGUUAAUGCUUCACCAUCUGAUGUGUCUACUGUAGCCAGAGAAGUUGCUUCUAAAGUCAUGGCAGAGUCGCAACAAAAUAAUCUCCCAAGGGCCUUGCACAAUCAGGGAAGGAUACAAUUGACAGGUCGAUACUGUGAUAGCAGUGAUGUGAAGACUGCUCAGGAUCUUACCAUGUGGUCUUCAGGAACUGAGCAACACAGAAACAAUAUUGCUGCCCAGACAAACCGAAGUCUAGAGGGUUGGACGCAAUCUAGAACUCCCGAAGGUUACAAUCAGCUGUUCUCGGCAUUUCAACCACUGAAAGAUGCACAUAGCCCUUUUCCUAGUCAAAUAUCUGGGACUCGCUCAAAUACCUGGGACACAGCCGACGCUCGUUAUCCAGCCCAACAAGCCAAUCACAACAUGUUACCUGGCCCAUGGUCUUUUAUGCCUCAUAGCAGUGAUUUUAGGAUGAAUCAACAGAAUUAUCUAGUGAUGCCUGAAGCUGCAAAGUUUACUGGGAAAUCAGCUUUCACUUCACUUCAGGGCCAUGGCACUGAUCAGCGCUCCACAGGCUGGUUUGGACAUAUUGAGUCAAGUUCCCGCACAGGCCAUGCAUCGUCAAGUUUGAUCAGGCCCCAGCCUUUGGUUAUUGGAAAUGAUGUUCAGAAAACCAAAGACACUUCAUUCAAACUAUUUGGUAUUCCUCUUGGCAGCCCAGAAAAAUGUGAACCUCUGGUUUCCCCACCAAGUGUCGCAUAUGACGGGAAACUUCAAAGUUCUCCAUCAGAAAAAGGGAAUCAGCUAGACAUAGUUGAAGUGGAUAAUUGCUCUGAUCCUUCCAAGACUGUGAAGCCACUUGAUGGUCCUCAGUCAGAUUCUAUUACAGAGAAUAAUCAGCCUUGUCCAGAAGCUACCCAGAAUAUUCAGAACAAAGUGCAAAGUAAUUCCACCAGAAGCUGCAAGAAGGUGCAUAAGCAAGGCAGUGCCCUCGGCAGAUCGAUUGAUCUAACAAAGUUCACUUGCUAUGAUGAGCUGAUUGCUGAACUGGAUCAGAUGUUUGACUUUGAUGGUGAAUUGAAGAGUCCUUGCAAAAAUUGGUUGGUCGUCUACACUGACAAUGAAGGUGAUAUAAUGCUGGUUGGCGAUGACCCCUGGAAUGAAUUCUGCGACAUGGUCCACAAGAUCUUCAUCUACACAAGGGAGGAAGUCGAAAGGAUGAACCCAGGUGCCCUAAACUCAAGGCCUUUUGGAGUGGUGAAGCAGACAAGUAUCAGAGUGACCGGAGGAAUGAGAAAGGGGGUGAGUCUUGUAGUGGUGUAG